GCCCCUAGGCCGGUAAGGAGAUGGGUGGGAACUUUACUCAGAGACAACUGGAAUUGAGUAGUAUGUGAGAGUUGUUGCGGUCGCCGCCUGGGAGCUCUGCACUGGUUGCUGCUCUGUCCACAGUGCUGGAGACCAAACUUGAAAUGCAAGUUCAACAUUGCCUAGAAGGCGAAGGAUGAGGAGCUGAGCCGGCCCCCUUCCCUGCCCAGUGUGCUGCAGGAGCCGCCAACCCUGAUUGCAGGUUAAAACUCCUCGGGACUCCUGGCUUCUUACCCUGCUUGAUUCCGGGGUCUCCCGUGGGACUGGGCGUCUCAGCAGUCCCCACUUAGUGGAUGUGAGCGCCUGCCAGAACCCUUGAACUUGGGGCGCCCUCGGAGGGCUUCUGUAGUCUGCGGCUGGCAGUGGCGGGACCAUCACCAUGAUCGCCGGCGUCUUCCGCCUGCGCGCUUGGGCCCCGGUGGGCAUCCUGUCCUCGUUGGUCUACAGCUUCCACCGGCGGCGGGUGGCCCUGGCUGAACAGCAGGCCACUGACGGUCAGCAUCCGGUCGACGGCCGCCAGCUGGAGCUGAAAGUGGUGCAGGUUGUGUUUCGCCAUGGGGCGCGAAGUCCUCUCAAGCCUCUCCCGCAGGAGGAGGAGGAGCAGGUAGAGUGGAACCCCCGCCUGCUAGAGGUCCCACCCCAGACUGAGUUUGAUUAUUCUGUCACGAAUCUAACUGGAGGCCCCAAACCACAUUCUCCAUAUGACUCUCAGUACCACGAGACCACCCUGAAGGGGGGCAUAUUUGCUGGGCAGUUGACCAACGUGGGCAUGCAGCAGAUGUUUGCCCUGGGAGAGAGACUGAGGAAGAACUAUGUGGAGGACAUCCCUUUUCUUUCGCCAGUCUUCAACCCACAGGAAGUCUUCGUUCGUUCCACUAACAUGAAUCGGAAUCUGGAGUCUACCCGCUGUUUGCUGGCUGGGCUUUUUCAACGUCAGAAAGAAGGACCCAUCGUCAUCCACACUGAUGAGGCAAGCUCUGAGGUCUUGUACCCCAACUACCAAAAUUGCGAGAAUCUGAGGCAGAGAGUCAGUGGCCGAAAGAAGGUUGCCUCUUUGCAGCCAGGAAUCUCAGAGGAUUUGAAAAGGGUGAAGGAGGAAAUGGGCUUUGACCGUGGUGAUGACGUAGACUUCCUCAUCCUCCUGGACAACAUGGCGGCCGAGCAGGUGCAUGGCCUCCCGAGCUGCCCCAGGCUGCAGAGAUUCACACGGCUUAUUGAACAGAGAGCCGUGGACACGGCCCUGUACGUCCUGCAAGUGGAAGACAGAGAAAGCCUGCAGAUGGCGGUAGGCCCCUUCCUCCACCUCCUGGAAAGUAACCUGCUGAAGGCCGUGGACCCUGCCACUGCACCCGGAAAGACCAGGAAGCUGUACCUUUAUGCAGCUCAUGAUGUGACUCUCCUGCCUCUCUUACUGACCCUGGGCAUCUUUGACCACAAGUGGCCCCCAUUUGCCGCCGACCUGACCAUGGAACUCUACCAGCACCAGGAGUCUAAAGAGUGGUUUGUGCAGCUCUACUAUCACGGGGAGGAGCAGGUGCCAAGAGGUUGCCCUGGAAGGUUCUGUCCACUGGACCAGUUCUUGAAUGCCAUGUCCAUUUACGCCCUAAGUCCAGAAAAAUAUCGCACACUCUGCUCACAAGCACAGGCGAUGGAACUUGGAAAUGGAGAGUGACUGAUUUCUACAAGGAGAAUUUGCCAAUUUUCAAAUAAAAUGCUUUUAUACAAUGCC